UCCAUUAACUGUUGUGAGCCAUCUUCCGAGGAAUGAAAUGAACAAAGCCAAAAUAGUUUUUCUGAGUUUGGAUAAAAAUGAUAUGCAAUCGAAGAUAGAAUUAGAAAAUUACCUUCGAGAAAUACGGAAAAAUAUCAAAAACUACAGUCAAGGCAUAAUUAUAGUGGUUGUACCAAAAUAUAUACUUUUGUUUUUGGAAACAAAAUCAAGGCGGAAGCGUCAAACUGAUGAAAAUACAAGUGAAAACACAAUAGGUGUAAAAGAAAUUGAUCAUGGUGAGACUAACGAAAAAUUGUCUUCUGUAAAUUUGAAAAAUACAGACGAUGCCCAACUGACUUAUGAUAACUCAAAUACUGAUGAUACUCAAACGAUCAUACCUAAAACUUCCAAAUCGGAGUGUUCAGAAAAUUCAAAUACUGAAACUGAAUUAAAACCUGAGGAGGCGGCUACAGAAAUAUUGAAAAAAAAUAACACAAAAAUGGAAAAGAUACCGAUCGAGACAACCGAACAAAUUAAAGUUUCAUCAAAUGGAUUUAAUGCCGUUACUGAUGAAUUCCCCGAUAAUGGUGGAAACAAUACUAAUUCAGAUUCAUUGGAAAAGUUGUCCCAACCGCCUUUGGAUUCUAAUGUGCCUGAAACUGUAGAAGACGUUUUUAUAGCAGAAUCUGCGCGUAAUGAAAAUAAUGAACUUUAUGACCAUAAUGUAAGUUACUUACCAGACACGCUGCUGAAAGGAAAUUUUGAUAAACUAAUGAAACAUACUCGUAAAGACACUAUGGAACUUUAUGGCCAUAAUAUACUGUAUAAUCAUACCAAUGUUAACCUAUCUGAAAGUGGAAUAAUUUGGAAUAUUGAACAUCAAAGAGCUUUUAAGAACGUUGUAACAUAUAAAGACAGUAACGUUAUUUUUUACCUCGGUAACUCAACCGAAUAUAAGGGUGGUCAUUGGAUAAGGCAAACUGUUCAUACUAUUCGAUCUGUAAAUGCAACAAGAACAACGAUUCUUGUGGUUUCCGACUAUGCAAACUUUUCUUUUCUUAAGGAACAAGAAAAAUGGUAUCUAAAUAGGAUCGAUGCAGGCGACGACACUUAUGUAUUUAAAUUUAUUUUUGGUAAUCUUGAUCAUUCUUUUUAUUGUCCAGUGUUACGAUUAGGAAAGAAGAAUCGUUUGCAUAUAUUUAAAAAAUUGCAGAUUCAGCCAAUAUUUGAAAAUGAUUCACCAAGAGAAAAAUUUGGACCGCCAAUUUAUUGUAUAGGAAUGAUAACACCUGCUAUUGCAACUGCAUAUUUUGUGUGUGGUGUAUUGUUGAUGGUGUUAUGUAUAGGUUUGGGUGCCAUGUUGAAUAUCCAACGAUGUGACAAGUUUGUUUCAGCACAAGAUGCCGAAUAUAUGCGACAAUUUAUAGAUCAGUAAAUUAGAAGUCCCGAAAAUUAUAUCAUUAUCAUAUAAACUCUUCUUAGAUAAAUGCUUUACUUUAUUUUGAAGUGACGCUACGCAAUGAAUUUAAUCGUGACCAGCUUUCGGUAGAACAACCCAAUAGUUGGACAGUGUAGGAAGCAUAGUAUAAGCUCACUUUCGGCAUACAAAAAGCUAA